AUGAAAAAUGCCCAAUUAAUACCUGAUUGCGCAAUUGAAAGUGUAUUUCUUAACCAAGAACUCAAUAGAGAUAUAAUUUUUGCUUGCCAUAUCGAUGAAGGAGAGGCUGCCCUGGCUGAUUCAAAUCUUGUUUGUUAUCUACAAGACCUCAAUAAAUUGAAUCUUGAUAAGUUGGAAUCUAAUUUAGACUAUAACCCAAUGCAAAUCUUUACCGAGAUUCAUCGGCAAGGUGAUAAUCAAAAGGCCAUCAUCCAAUUAACAUGGUGGUUCCAAAGGCUGAU